AUGACACAAAAAGUUGACGUCUUAAUCUGUGGCAGCGGCUCCGCAGGUCUCUGCGCAGCUACCUGGCUGGCUCGCUAUGGCAUUACCUGCAAAGUGCUAGAGCGGCGGGAUGGCCCCAUGACGAUGGGCCAAGCAGAUGGUGUGCAAUGCCGCACGGUGGAAAUCUUUGAGAGCUUCGGCAUUGGCGAGGAGCUAUUGCGCGAGUCGUACCAUGUGGUGGAGGUCGUGUUUUGGGCCGAUGAUAGUGGCUCGGGAGUUAUACGUCGCACGGGCAAGACGGCAGAUACGCAGCCCGGAUUGUCUCAUCAGCCACAUGUCAUUCUGAACCAGGCGCGCAUCAACGGGCUUCUCAUUGAGCUGAUGAAGAAGCAUAACAACCAGGAGAUCGAUUACGGGUAUACUGUUAAGGAUGUUCGGGUUGAUGAGAGUCAGCUUUCGGCGGGGCCGGAAGCUUAUCCGGUUAAAGUCACGGCGGAGAAGGAUGGGAAGGUGGAGAGUUUCGAGGCAAAGUAUGCUUUGGCAUGUGAUGGCGCACAUAGUACGGUGCGCAAAGCGCUAGGAUACAAUAUGAUUGGAGAUAGCACCGAUGCUGUCUGGGGUGUCAUGGACAUGGUUCCACGAACGGACUUCCCCGAUAUUCGGAAGAAAUCCAGCAUCCGGUCCAAGGCAGGCAAUUUGUUGAUUAUACCCCGAGAAGGAGACAGCUACAAUCUGACCCGAUUCUACAUUGAGCUUCCGACUGGCACUAAGGCGAAGGAUGUCAGAUUGGAAGAUCUGCAAAACGCCGCGAAGCGGAUUUUUACUCCGUAUCAGAUUGAGUUUGUUGAGACGGUCUGGUGGUCUGCUUACGCCAUUGGGCAGCGCCAUGCCGAUUUCUUCCACAAGGAUUACCGUGUCUUUCUUGCGGGCGAUGCCUGUCAUACGCACUCGCCAAAGGCGGGCCAAGGCAUGAACGUCAGCUUACAAGAUGGUUACAAUAUGGGCUGGAAGCUUGCUUCAGUGCUAAAGGGCUUGGCGCAUCCCUCAUUGCUGGAGACGUAUGUGCUUGAGCGGCAGAAGGUGGCUAUUGAUUUGAUUAACUUUGAUCGGUAUUUCGCCAAGUUGUUCUCCUCUCAGGGGAGUGCAACACCCCAGGAAUUCCAAGAGGGAUUUAUCAAGUCUGGGAAAUAUACUGCAGGUUUGACGGCCAAGUAUGAUGAAUCGCCUAUUACUUCCGAUACGGGCGUGUCGACCGAACUUGCCACAAACGUCGUGGUGGGAAUGAGGUUGCCUAGUGCGCAGGUAGUGCGAUUCUGUGACGCCAAACCGCUGCAGCUUGCUGCAUCGCUCAAGUCCGAUGGCCGCUGGAGGGUGAUGGCGUUUGUGGGCGAUCUCAGCGUGUCACAGAAUAUGGCCGCACUGCAAUCUGUUGGAGAGUAUCUCGGCUCCGAGGACAGCCCUCUUCAGAAAUUCCGCUCGAGAAGUGGCGAACCUGACAGCCUUAUCGAGCCAAUCCUCGUGGCACAUGGUAAACGGCAUGGCGUCGAACUGGAGCAGAUUCCGCAGAGCUUCUAUCCAUUCACCGGGAAGAACCAUAUCAGAGAUCUUCACAAAAUAUUCUUCGAUGACGAGAGCUACAACAGAGGUCAUGGACAUCUUUACGAGCACCUCGGUAUCAGCCCUGACAAGGGUGCUAUCGUCAUUGUCCGUCCAGAUCAAUACGUAUCUGCUGUGUUCAGUCUAGAUGACUAUAGACGAAUCGGCCGAUUCUUUGAGGGAUUUAUGAUCCCGCAGGAGAGGUCGGAGUCGUUGACGGGAAGCAAGCUGUAGCCGCUGUACGCAGAACGCGCGUGCUCUG